CGAAGUGUGCUUUCUUAUCGCAAUUUAAAUGCAGGAUACACGUUUUAAAUUAUUUUACGUCCCACUCAGUGAUUGAUAUAACGAUACAAAUAGUAUUAUGUCUAUUAUUCUCAGAGAAGAAGUGUAUAAAUAAAAUUAACAAAUUCAGCCACAAUUAAUUGAACUAUUUAAUAUUCUUUAUUAUUGGAAUUUCUUCAUUAUAAGGUGGAACAAUGUUACCGUCACAUGUCCUAUGGUUUGUCACGUUAAUUCUGUCAGUAUUAAAUGUGAGUGAAUCACAGAAAUGUGAAGACAGAACUGUAAAUUACAAGCUUCUAAAGAGUGAUAACUAUGAAAGCAGGUCGACCAAUUUUUGUUCCAAUAUAACCUUAAAUCACGACGUUAAUUAUGUAUAUUUUAAUAGAUAUCUCUCCUAUGUCUCUGCAUUAAUUAUUACCAAUUCUUCUCUUCCUAUUCUUAGUGCUUCCGAUAUUGAUUUCAAUCGUUUUGAACAAGUUAGUUUAUUAAAUAAUUCGAUAAAUAAAAUUAAACCAUCGUUUUUUGAAAGGUUUCAGAAUGUUUACGACUUAGAUUUGUCUAAGAAUAAUAUAUCAAACAUCGGCGGCAUUUUCUUUAAACUAGAUAACCUCAAAAAGAUAAAUUUAUCCGAAAAUAGUAUAGCAAUCCUCCCCGAACACUCUUUUGUAGGCCCAAAAAAUCUGAAAGUAGUAGACGUCAGUAAAAAUAAAAUAUCUUACGUCCCUACUGGCGUUUUCCAAGAUCACCUGUCACUGAAGGAAAUCUACUUAAACAAUAAUCUUUUAACGACAAUCACCACUUCUGUUUUUGAAAAUCUACGUUUAUCUCUGGUUGACUUAAGCAGCAACGUUCUAAACGAAAUUAUUCAUAAUACACCCGAAAGAAUCAAUAUUUCUUCUUUGUACAUUUCGAACACCAGUCUGAACAACGAGAAGUUAUCAAAAAUACCUGAGCAAUUCAAUCCUGUCGAACUCACAGUUUUAGAUCUCAGUCACAACAAGAUUUCGGUGCUGUCCCAUGACACUUUUAAAGAUAUGAUCAAUCUGCGGGAACUCUAUCUGGAUGAUAACUUGUUGGAUACGGUGGGGUAUGAAAGCAGGAACAACUGGAUCAACGUGUUUUCGAUGAAGAAACUGACCAAUGUCUCCCUGGAUAACAAUUUCUGGAAUUGCGCCGAUCUGAAAGACGUUAUUCAAACUGCCACGUCUCAAAACGCUUCUGUCACUCCAGGGUACCGAUUUAACGGUACCAACUUACUGGGAAUACCGUGCAAAAUAGAAACGUCGAUUCAAGAUGGUCAGUCCUCUUUUAGAGAUAUAGAAGACUUUUUAAAAAGCAUUAACUACCUCAAACAGCAACAAGAUAAUAUAAAUAUUCAAUUUAAAAACAUUGCCCAACGAUUUGAUGACAUGGAUCUAGAAAACAAAAUUAAAAAUAUCUUAAAAAAAUAUUUGGAAAACAGCCACAUUACAAAUAAUAAUACUCCGGAGAAAAUUUCAAAUACCGAUCAAUUGCAGGUGAAGAAAUACGAACAAACACGUGAAAACUCAAUUGAAAAUCAAAAACAGACUGCAAGUCCCGUUGAUUCUAUCGAAAAUAUGUUAAGUCAAAUGAGUAUCUAUAUGAAAAAUUUAACAGAAUUGACUUUCUUAAAGAUGAACACCUCCUCAAAAGAGCUGUACGAUCCUGCUGAAAGAUUAACUCAGCAAAAACCUGAAAUUGGAGAAAGCAGCUCUGGUGUAAUUUUCAGCAAUAUUUUGCAGUUAUCAAAAAUACCUGAUCAAUUCAAUCCUGUCGAACUCACAGUUUUAGAUCUCAGUCACAACCAGAUUUCGGUGCUGUCCCAUGACACUUUUAAAGAUAUGAUCAAUCUGCGGGAACUCUAUCUGGAUGACAACUUGUUGGAUACGGUGGAGUAUGAAAGCAGGAACAACUGGAUCAACGUGUUUUCGAUGAAGAAACUGACCAAUGUCUCGCUGGAUAACAAUUUCUGGAAUUGCGCCGAUCUGAAAGACGUUAUUCAAACUGCCACGUCUCAAAACGCUUCUGUCACUCCAGGGUACCGAUUUAACGGUACCAACUUACUGGGAAUACCGUGCAAAAUAGAAACGUCGAUUCAAGAUGAAUUGACUUUCUUAAAGAUGAACACCUCCUCAAAAGAGCUGUACGAUCCUGCUGAAAGAUUAACUCAGCAAAAACCUGAAAUUGGAGAAAGCAGCUCUGGUGUAAUUUUCAGCAAUAUUUUGCAGUUAUCAAAAAUACCUGAUCAAUUCAAUCCUGUCGAACUCACAGUUUUAGAUCUCAGUCACAACCAGAUUUCGGUGCUGUCCCAUGACACUUUUAAAGAUAUGAUCAAUCUGCGGGAACUCUAUCUGGAUGACAACUUGUUGGAUACGGUGGAGUAUGAAAGCAGGAACAACUGGAUCAACGUGUUUUCGAUGAAGAAACUGACCAAUGUCUCCCUGGAUAACAAUUUCUGGAAUUGCGCCGAUCUGAAAGACGUUAUUCAAACUGCCACGUCUCAAAACGCUUCUGUCACUCCAGGGUACCGAUUUAACGGUACCAACUUACUGGGAAUACCGUGCAAAAUAGAAAGGUCGAUUCAAGAUGGUCAGUCCUCUUUUAGAGAUAUAGAAGACUUUUUAAAAAGCAGUAACUACCUCAAACAGCAACAAGAUGAUAUAAAUAUUCAAUUUAAAAACAUUGCCCAACGAUUUGAUAACAUGAAUCUAGAAAACAAAAUUACUUAA